AUGGCCUCAUGGAAUUCGCUCCCGCCCGAGAUUCGUCGAAUGGUUUUCCAGGCUUCCCUUUCUCAAAGCCCAAAUCCUACAGCACCCGAUCCUACAGCACCCGUCUUAGCUACAGUUUCUCGAGAAUGGCAAGACUUUUUCGAGAGAUCAACCUUUAAAGACCUGGCCGUGAUUUAUGUCACAAAGAACAAUAGAAUUUUCACACAAGCCAUGGCAGUUCUUCUCAAGGUCCUGUCUCUUUGGAGCGGUGAUUACGGAGGACUUGAGCUUGAGCUUGAUGCACGAUCGCCGAGUGACUGCAGAUACUUCAAUCUCAUAUACGAACUCCACGAUGAUUUUCUCUUCCGUCAUCAAAACGAAGAUGAACUUUUCGACACCGUAGAAAGGUUUUACAGGAAGAGACACGAAAUAGUCAAAAGAUCCUUGGGUAUACUACCAGGAUUCACACGUCGCUCUAUGAACUUAGCCUGGAAAGUCAACUACAGUUCGACGCGUCGACUUAGGGGAGAACACCUCAAACUCAAGCCAUCAUUGAUAAAGAGAGGGUGGGCUUACUCUCAAAUCGUGCGGAACCUACCAGCUACACCGAUUGUGAAGGGACUUGUGAUUCGAAGGGUCGCGCCUCGACUCAUUGCUCUUGAAUCCCUGGGCAAAAUCAUGCGGGAGAGCUUUAUGGCACUGGAAUAUUUCUCUUACUCUACUUACAUGGAGCGCACUGAUCACAAAGAACAAGAUUUUCUCGAUGAUCUUGCUACACAGCUAUUGCCGUCCCUGCCCGCAUCCCUCAAGACAUUUAGGUAUAGCAGAAGACCAGUCAGAGAUACAUGCCAUCCCUGGAUCAACAAACUCCCCAAAUCGCUUCUCUUCGCCCAAGCAUGUCACCGAUUCACCGAAUUCCGCGCACCGCAUGAUAUCCCUCCGUUAAUACUUUUCGACGACAUCGUAGCGGGUGGAGAGCGUAAAGAGUCCAAACUCGAGAACCUUUCUAUCGUCACCAUGUAUCUGGCCCACUUUGAACCUCAGUGCAUGAUAACUAAGCAUCUGAUAUCAGCCGCCCAAGCAGCAGCGAUGAUGCCUCGCCUACGCACCAUGGAACUCUCGUGCUCCUACCAGGGAUAUGGAUGCUUAUUUCGGUGUGAAAUGGAUGACUAUAAAGUUCAGAUCACAUGGAGAUAUCUACAGAACGGGCCGAGCUUUGAUCUUGAGGAGCAAGUGAUCCAGGAGUGGGAAAAGAUUGCUUCGCAUCGUCUGUUUAAUGUGAACAACGCCCCUUUCGACAAGAAUGAGGGGCAAUGGAAAAGACCAAUGAUCAUUCCAUACUUGCAUCUGAAACGGCUUGCUUAUAGUACACUUGAAGAGGCGCAGCUAAGGGCUUUUCAGGACGGGUACAGACAAUGGUGGUACAAACCAAUGACACAGGAAUCCCGCGGCAUUUAUUAA